AUGUCACCAAGCAAAGCAGAAUCUCGUACAUCCAAUAUCAGAGUCAGUGGUAUUAGUGAAGAACCUGUCGCAUUGAUCGGUUCCUUUUUCAAUGGAAUGUCUGUUCCACCUUCGACAGAAUUCGAUUUAUAUAAACACAAGAAAAAUGAUACAUUUAUUUUACAUGGAGAAAAUGAUACUUUAGAUUAUAAUGGAGAAUCAGUAAAGAAUAGUGAAAAUGAUUACAUUGUUGGAGUCUACGAUCCAAUCCAUAAAUCAGUUGAAUUAUACAAAGCUCCAUUCCUUUCUGCUAAAGUCACUGCAAAGAGACAUAGAGUUUAUAAAGGUCCAGCAAUCAAACAAGCUGGGGUUAGAAAUGUUACCCAACGUAAUGCAUUAGGUGAAGCUUUUGGUACUAAGAAAGCUAAAGCUGCUAUUUCAAGUUUGGAAAGAAAUAGAAUUGAUGCUGAUAAAUUACAAGAUUUGGAGAUGGAUAUCAUUGAUUCUGUUACUGAAUCCACUCAAGAUUUACCAUCAAGAGAAAAAAUGGCACAAGAGGUUGUUCAUGAUAGACCAACCCCAUUGGCAAAUGUUGAUGCCAAGAGUGUAGAAGAUGUUUAUCCAAUUUUCAAUAUCAUACCCAAGAAAGAAUGGGCAUAUUUACGUGUUAAUUCAUUAUUGACAGAAACCGAUGAAAAGAAACAAUUGGAAAUGUUACCAUAUUCAAAAUCCCAAUAUAUUAAAAAACACUUACCAACAAUUAUUCAGCAAAACAAUACUGAAAAAUUACAAUUACUUUAUUACGCAUCGCUUUUAUUUGGAGUUUAUGAGAAUAGAAGAGUUAAAGAUAAACAAAGUCUUAUGACAAGACUUCAAAACAAAGCAUCAGAAGUAUUAGUGGAUGGUAUCUUAGAAAGAUUCGCCAUUUCUCGUGCAAGUCAAUUUGGAAAAUCAAAAGAUAGAUCCUUUAGCAUCGAUCCUCAAAAUGAAGAUAAAUUAUUAUGUUACUUAUUAACUAUUAUUCUUCAUAUCGAUAAUUUUGUUGUCGAAUUACCACCAUUAGCAAAUGAAUUAAAUAUGAAACCAACUAGAUUGGUUGGUUUAUUCAAAGCUUUAGGAGCAAUUAUUAAGAGUGCAACUGUCGGAGAAGCAGAAGCAUUUGGAAUUCCAAAGAGUGCAGCUGGAACAUAUAAAAUAGCAACUUUGAGAGUUCCAUUCAAGUUGCCAGAAAUGACCAGAAGAGGAAAAAGAAGCCGUUAA